CUUGGAGCUUCAUAAUGUACCCAGUCUUGUUCGUGUAAGUUUUCCUCGGAUGUUCGAACCUGUUGAGAGUGUUUUAUCUCGCCUUUCGUGCUGCGCCUUCUCUCAAUUAGAGAUGCUUCGUUUGGCUGUUUCGCACCGUUUAAUACAAAAAAUGGAGAUGCAAGAAUUUCCUCAACUAACUAAGGUCAAGGAAUUACUCAUAUAUACUGAACCACGAACGGAUUUUAGUCUGAUUGGCUUGAUAUCUCUGCUCAGGGCCUCUCCAAACUUGCAAACUUUUGUUCUAGAGUUGAUGUGGUUUAAACCUGAUAGGACGAGACGGGAAUGGAAGGAGGCUUUAGAAUCUCCACUUGAACAUCUUAAAGAGGUGUUAGUAAAUGGAUAUCAUGGUUGUGCUUGUGAGUUUGAGCUUUUGGCGUAUAUCUUUCGGAAUUCGACUGCGUUGGAGAAAGUCACAAUCGAUCCUCAGGAGAAACGUGAUAUGCCUGUCCCCGAGUAUCCUCAUAAGAUGGAAGAGCGGCAAGCUGCAGAACGCAUUGCCAAACACUAUGCUGAGAAGCAACUGACUGAAAUUGCUCCUGAGCGUGUUAACUUAUUCAUUUUAUAGGGCCAAUUUGUGUAGUUUAUGUCCAAGUUAUUUGUAAUUCUAGCAUUACUCUACCACUCCUCUCCUCUUCUGCCUAAACCCUUUCUUGUGGGGUUAUAUUUCAAUCCCCAAGGCCCCUCUUAAACAAUAGUAACACCGAAAGCUUUUACUACUCGAUUUGAAGUGUUGGGACGUGCCGCCCCUCUCUUUAGACCGUCCUCGUUCCCGACCAGCUCCUUUUGCUACCAAAGCUUGACCGUCAUUUGAUACCCCGUUGCCACCCCGCCGAGUCUCAUUCAUCAACAACGCAUCAACUACUUCAUCAAAUUUUAAGGUCUCUUUUCCAAACAAAAGCGUGGUCACGAU